GUAUAAUUUUUUUAUAAACAUCCAAGCAGCUUGUAAACAAAAUAAAUGUAAGGUAGCUUAACCUAUAUAUUUAUGCUGAGUUUGUGUACGUAAACAAACCGGUUGGGCGUCACGUGUGAGUCGUAAUAUUUCAUGAAAAUCUUCAAUUUAAAUUGAUUUAUAGAGUAAUAAUUUUAUUAAAAAUGAUGUACCAAGUGAUAGUUUUGUUUAACGGUUAUUCGAAACAAUUAGAAGACGGCAAAUCAGAAGCUAAUUGCUCGUGUACCUUGAUAAAAGGUCAAGAGAUAAAUAUUAUUGUUGACACCAUGACUGCGUGGGACCGUGAUAAAAUUUUGACAGCACUAAGAAGUCAUAAUGUUAAACCUGAAGAAAUAAAUUAUGUUGUGUGUACUCAUAGUCAUGCUGAUCAUAUCGGUAAUAAUAAUUUAUUUACACACGCUCAGCAACAUAUUGUAGGUUACUGUAUUCAUAGAGAAAAUUUAUUUGAUGAAUUACAAUUGAGUACCAAAGGUGAAUAUCAACUCAAUGAAGAUUUGAAAAUAAUUGCAACACCUGGUCAUACAUCUGAAGACAUAACACUCUUAAUAAAAAAUUGUAGAAUAAUAAACACUGAUGUAAAUGAUGUUGAUGGAUCUCAGGCCUUGCAGACGUAUUGUGUAGCUAUUGUCGGUGAUUUAUUUGAAAAAGAAGCUGACAUCGCUGAUCCAGAAAUAUGGAAGUCGGUAGGCAAAAAAGAACUCGAGAAAACUCAGGCUAAAAAUCGCCUGAUGAUUAUCAAGUCCGCUGAUUAUAUAGUACCUGGGCAUGGACCUAUGUUUAAAGUAACUGAAGACAUGAUAAGACAAUUAGAAUCACAGUUGUAAUUAAAAUAACUUAUUACCUUUGCAACACAAUAUUUUAUUUAUAAUCAAACAAAUUAAAUAAUUAUAAUUAUUAAAAAAGAAAUUGGAUCGGCGUAGCAUUUACCUGCAAUGCUUUUCUUUUUUUUUUAUCGUAAUAAUAAUAAUAAUAAUA